GCCAUCUUGGUCGGCGGGUCGGAUUGAAUGAGCCCGCCGAGCCGCGGCCGCCGUUCCGAGCCGCGCGGGCCCCGAGCCGCUGCCGCCGCCGCCUCCGCCGCCGCAGCCGCCAUGGCCACACCGCCGCCCGGCCGCGCGGGCGGGCCCGCCACGCCGCUGUCGCCCACGCGCCUGUCGCGGCUGCAGGAGAAGGAGGAGCUGCGCGAGCUCAAUGACCGCCUGGCGCACUACAUCGACCGCGUCCGCGCGCUCGAGCUGGAGAACGACCGGCUCCAGCUCAAGAUUUCCGAGCGGGAGGAGGUGACCACGCGCGAGGUGAGCGGCAUCAAGACACUGUACGAGGCGGAGCUGGCUGAUGCCCGCCGGGUGCUGGACGAGACGGCCCGGGACCGAGCCCGGCUGCAGAUCGAAACUGGGAAGCUGAGGGCCGACCUGGAGGAAGCCAACAAGAGCGCAAAGAAGAGGGAGGGCGAGCUGACGGUGGCCCAGGGCCGCGUCAAGGACCUGGAGUCCGUGUUCCACCAGAGUGAGGCAGAGCUGGCCGCUGCUCUCAGCGACAAGCGCGCCCUGGAGAACGACGUGGUGGAGCUGAGGGCCCAGCUGGCCAAGGCGGAGGAUGGGCACGCAGUGGCCAAAAAGCAGCUGGAGAAGGAGACGCUGAUGCGCGUGGACCUGGAGAACCGCUGCCAGAGCCUGCAGGAGGAGCUGGCCUUCCGCAAGGACGUCUUUGAGGAGGAGGUGCGGGAGACGCGACGGCGACACGAGCGGCGCCUGGUGGAGGUGGACAGCAGCCGGCAGCAGGAGUAUGACUUCAAGAUGGCCCAGGCACUGGAGGAGCUGCGGGCGCAGCACGAUGAGCAAGUGCGGCUGUACCGCCUGGAGCUGGAGCAGACCUACCAGGCCAAGCUGGACAACGCCAAGCUGAGCUCCGACCAGAACGACAAGGCCGCCAGCGCCGCUCGGGAGGAGCUGAAGGAGGCCCGCAUGCGGGUUGAGUCCCUCAGCUACCAGCUCUCCGGCCUCCAGAAGCAGGCGAAUGCGGCCGAGGACCGGAUCCGGGAGCUGGAGGAAACCGUGGCCGGGGAGCGGGACAAGUUCCGGAAGAUGCUGGACGCCAAGGAGCGGGAGAUGACGGAGAUGCGGGACGUGAUGCAGCAGCAGCUGGCCGAGUACCAGGAGCUGCUGGACGUCAAGCUGGCCCUGGACAUGGAGAUCAGCGCCUACCGCAAGCUCCUGGAGGGCGAGGAGGAGAGGCUGAAGCUGUCCCCCAGCCCGUCAUCGCGCAUCACCAUCUCGCGGGCCACAUCGAGCAGCAGCGGCAGCAGCGUGUCCGUGUCCGGGCGCCUGGGCCGCAGCAAGCGGAAGCGGCUGGAGGUGGAGGAGCCGCCGGGCACGGGCUCCAGCGGCACCGGCUCCAGCAGCAGCAGCUUCCGCCUGGCCCAGCAGGCCUCGGCCUCGGGCAGCAUCAGCAUCGAGGAGAUCGACCUGGAGGGCAAGUUCGUGCAGCUGAAGAACAGCUCGGACAAGGAUCAGUCUCUGGGCAACUGGAGGAUCAAGAGGCAGAUCCUAGAAGGGGAGGAGAUCGCCUACAAGUUCACGCCGAAGUAUGUGCUGCGGGCCGGCCAGACGGUCACGGUAUGGGCAGCCGGUGCAGGGGUGGCUCACAGCCCCCCGUCAACGCUCGUGUGGAAGAGCCAGAACAGCUGGGGCACGGGCGAGAGCUUCCGGACCAUCCUGGUCAAUGCUGACGGGGAGGAAGUGGCCAUGAGAACUGUGAAGCAGUCCUCGGUGGUGCGGGAGGCCGAGGACGGGGAGGAGGGUGAGGACGAGGCGGCCGAGUUUGGAGAGGAGGAUCUUUUCCAUCAGCAGGGGGAUCCGAGGACCACCUCUCGAGGCUGCCGCGUCAUGUGAACCGAACAUGCCUCGUCACACGUCUUUCUUUAUCCAGGGCCACUGAAAACUAUUUUUAUAUCAUUGGCUUCUUUAGUCCUUGGUACAUUUCUAGAGAGUUUUUAAGCGAACUGCCAGAGCGUGGGGGUGGGUCUCUGCUGAACUUUCCUGUCGCUGGGUUUCCCUGGGCCCUUCAUCACCACUGUCCAGAGUGUUAAGUGCCCCGUUCUCACCUUUCGGUUGAGUUUGGGGCCCAGGAGCCGAGUGGCUAACAGGCUUUGGGCUGGGAGUCCAGGGGGCCCGUCCAGCGCUUCGGUUUCAGCUGCAGCCUGGGGUCAGGGCGGGAGAGGAGGCCUGAGGUGGACAGAGCAGAACUGCACGUAGGAACCCAAUAGUUGUUUGUUUUAUUAAGCUUUUAAAAAAACCAGAUUCGGAAUCCAGGUUCUGACCUGGUGGGGGGAAGGGGCACCCUGUGGAAUUUUGGUGGCUCAGCCAACCGAGUGCCAGAACAAGGGAAUCGCAGGCUUUUACCAUCAGGCCUGGGCUUCGGGGUUUGUCACAAUUUCUGCUCUGCUCUCAGGAAUUGGGGUGCGUGGGGUCGGCCUCCUGGCUCCCUCUCUGGCUGCUGGAACCUCACGUUUCUGGGGCUUUCUGCAGUUGAGUUCCUCACCUUACGGGAAUCCAUCAUAAGACUUGUCCUCAGGUAAGCCUUGAGGGGACAGGUGUGACGAACUGGGAAACAAAUGCCUUGGGCUCCAGCACGAUGUCCACCUGUAACCACCGCUUCCCACCCUCCCAUCGGAGGAGGGUGACUUCAGGGCGAGACGCUGGACUCCCCGUUCUCCGACUCUGUGCCUUGUGCACAGGGCACGCUGACUCACGUGUAUUCUUGGGCAUAUACUAAUAUCGCGGCUUCCUCUGUAACUUCUUGCUGAAAUGGUGUUUCUGAGACAGACCUGCCCGGGCCAGUUGACCCCUACGGGAUGGCUCCAUGUCACGGUCCAGCUUCUGGCCACCUGGCCGCCCCCUCCCUGCAUCAGCUUACCUUCGACGCCUCUGCCACGUAGAUACACAGAAGUUAUUUUUUUAACAGAUAUUUAUUUUUUUACAUCGGUCAGUACACACAUUGCCUGGAUCCCACCUCAGGGGCUCAUGUAUGCCAGGGUCACCAGGACAGUCCCCCGAGGGGGUGGCAUUGGGGCGCCUGUCUCUGUGGGCUCUGAGGCCCCAGACGGCAAACUUCUUUCAGAAAGCGCAGCUCAAGUCUUAAAAGACGCAAUACUGAGCCAUGGAGGUGGCCUGCCCCCACCCCAGGCCGGGAGCAGCCCACCUGCCUCCUUUCCCUGGGACUCGAUCAUGGCGACGAGGGCCCGAGGCCUGAGCCGCAGGCCGGGAAGGUGCCAGUGGCCGACAAAACUAAGCUGCUGCUGAGCCUAGAAUCCCCUGCAGACUCUGGCUUUAAGUCCGAGCAUCUUUCCAUGGCCACCUGAGUCCCUGGACCGCGGGCUGUGUUUCCUCUGUGAGGUCGCAGGCUGUCUUCCUUCUCCCAGAAGUAGCAGGAGCUGAGGGAGCGUGAGGGUCUGGGGAGCCUGAUGAGAUGCUGGGAGGGUGGGGCUAGGUGGCACUCAAGCAAGUGGGAAGUGCACUGGCUACAUCCUUCAAGGUAUUUUGAGAGUCUCUGGGGAUCAGAGGUCUGUCCUGGAAUUUGGGGUCUGAAUUGCUGAAGCAGUUUUGCAGGCUGGGCUCGAGGACAGGAAGGAAGGGAGAGGGCCCCACCCUCCCUGCAGGCCCAGAGGUCCUGAAAAACAGCCCAAGGGCUGCCCUAGUGCCUGCAGAGCCCCCAGGCUCACUGGUAGGGGUUGUUCCCAGCAGAUGAAUUUUCUUGCCUGCUUGAGAUCUUGGGUGGAGCCUGGAAGUGGCCCAGACAGGCGCUGGGAUGCCCUUGGCUGGUGGGGGGAGGGUGCACUGGAUUGGUGGCCACUUGUGGCUGGAGGCUGGUGACCGUCAUUGGUAACCAAGUAUUUGAAAACACGGAGCAGAGUCCAAUGUUACAAUGUCAGCCAGGGCCUGGGAAAUCGAAUUUGCAUUUGCCCUUAAACAUACUUAACAUUAAGCCACUUAAAAUGAUGCAGAAGCGAUUCUUUUUUCUAAACCCCUGUCAUGUGAUGAGGAGCACCCUUCCGGAGAAAGCCCACUCUUCCCAGCCCUGGGGAGGGACGGCCUCCGGGGAUGUGGCCGGCAGGAAUCAACCCCUGGGAGACACCAGUGCCCCCCCCCCCCCCCGCUCCCCGCCCGCAGUCUGGGCGCUCAGCUGUUGCCACAGCAGCCAAGCUCAGACUUGGGCUCGUUUUUACCCACACGGUCUACCCAGCAGUUCUAUUUAUAUCAGCAUAUCCGAGCUGGGACUGACAUUCCUCAAGGACAUUAAAGCUACUGGAAAGGUCUUAAUUCUGAGCCCGAAAGGGAUCAUCAGCACUACACGCUAGUGGGCUCGGUUUCAAGAACUCGGCUGUUUGGACACGUUUCAUAGAUCUGUUGGUGAUUUUUACGAUGCAUGCCAAACGUGUGGUCUUUUGUUUUCUCCGAUUUGUAAUACACGUUUUAUGACUGGAAACUUUUUUAUACAACACUCCAAUAAACAUUUUGGUUUUAAAUUCUCA